GAGGCAGCGUCUAUAUGCUUGCAUGAGGCCAUGGGGUCCAGGGACUGUGUUCUGCUCCUUCUGAGUGGGGGUGGGGGGGUUUGCUCAGAGUGGAGAAGCCCUGGUCAGCUCCAGGGCUAAAGCUGCCUCGCCCGCUGUGCCCACAGCCCGGGCACAAGGCCAGGGUCCACGUGCCCAUUCACACCCGGAGCUUCCUGGGGGGACGUGCUCGAGCUCCUGCCCCGCCCGCCCCUGCUCUGGGACAGGGCCCAUCCCCAGGGGCACUGGGCCCUCUCUGCUCUCUCAGGUCGCCUGCUGUAUCAGAGGUCCUUUUCUUGGUGCCUGGUAUUGAUCUCCAAGACCAGAGAAUCACAGUCCCUGUGUGAGGACACCCCACCUGGCCCCAGAGAGCUCUGUCCAGAAGGGGACACACUGGGCGUGGGACUGUAGCAAGGAGACACACACAUCUCUGAAGGUCAGCCGCUCGCCUGCGACUCUUAAAUCCUGGUUGCUUUCUUGUAAUGACUCUUGCUAGUGUUGCUGAGUUUACAUGGAAAAGAUGAAAAGCCUCUUCCUGCAUCUUGGGUCCCAACAUCCUCGGGACCCCAGUCUGUGAGGCUUCUCUCUUGUUCAGAAAUUCGGGAGGGGUUUGAACCUCAGUGCACUAACGGCUGUCCUGGAGGGGUUUGAACCCCAGUGCACUAACGGCUGUCCCUGAGUGUUCAAGCCUUUUUACUUCGGCCGCUCCCCACCAAGGAUGGGUGUCAGGGUAACACACAGUGAGCCCCCCAUGGGGCCGGGGUGAAGACCCACAACCACAGAGCACAGCGCUGAUUUCUGUCACUCGGGCUUGGAGGAGGGUCUUGGUCUGACUGGUGGAAAUUAUUUUGUCUAUAAAGACACUACUUGAAACCUUCUAAACUCAACAUUUUUUGCAACCUGACCUUUCACGUUGCCAGUGCACAUAUGCCAGUGACCAUCUCUCCUUUGUGAUGGCUUCCAGCUAGGAUGACACUGGCCGCAGGUGACGAGCGUACUCACACACCCUGCUAGCCUCAGUGCUGGAGGCAGGGGCGCCGGCAGGCGAGCGGCGGUGCUGCCUUUGUCCGUCGCUCCACAUGACUGCUGCUUCCUGCCUGUGGCCCAGAGUGACCGCUCAAGCCGUCUUCACGCCCAUGUACCCGUUGAGGCUGGGGUACCUGCUUGACUCACAGGGUGGAGUCUUGUGGCUGCCCCUAAUUGCAAGGAGGCUGGCAGUCGAGUCCUGAGGUGAGCAGUGGGCCAGGCCCAGCCUGCCCUAGCUGGGAGGUGGUGCAGCCCGGCGCUGAGACAGGCCCUGGGGCCUUCAUAGGGCCAUGCGUGCAGUCCAAGGACUCCUACAUCACAUUUGAAGAGAAGCCGCCGUGGAGAAAUGCCUGCCCGGUCGCUGAGCAGGACAAAACCGUGCCCUCCUCUCUCCAGCCUGUGCCUUGUGCUUCCUGCUCUGAGGAAGGUCCUGGGGUCUGUGUCCCCCGAGGGGCUCCCGGCUGAGCUGCUGCAGCGCUGGGCAUAGAUGGGGCCUAUGUGGGGCUGUCAGGCAGCAAGCGCCCAACAAGCUAGGUUCCCCGUGCUGUCCAGAAGUCCAGGCUCUCGACUGCUGCUGUGGGUCUUUGGGUUUUGACAGGCGCACAGCUGGGUCCCAUGCAGACCUGGACAUCGGCGGGAUGGCCGUCUGUUCCUUUCCCCCUUCUGCGCCUGCUGAAAGGGCCCGGGCGGGCCCCUGCUGAGCCCCAGGGGGUGCGUGGAGGUGAGCCCUGGCCUUGGGGUGGGGAACCCGAUGUGUCUAGGCCGCUCUGAGUCAGGCUCCCUGUUACUGCAGUUGGAUAUGUUCCUAAUGUUGGUGGGGAGAGACCAUCCAGGCUUCCCCAGGGAGCAGGUGCCCACUGGAGGGGCAGCACUGCUGGACCCCGAGAGCUGCCUGGGAAUGCUGUGUUCCUUGCGCCCUGGAGUGAGGACCCUGGGUCGGGAGAUGGUCGCCACUGUUGUAGCCAUUGCCUCAACCCCCCGAAGCUCGGGCCGGAGUCCCGCACCUGCUCCAGGGGCAGAGGCCAGAGCACCGGGAAAACCUAGUGGCCCGAGAUACCCAGAACCCCCCGACAGCCCCAGAUGGGUGAUCCAUGGACCCUCUCUCAGGCUUUGCCACCCCCCCAGAGCUGUGUGGGUGUGUGUGGGCCCCCCAGGAGGGACGGAGGUUCCUGUGACCUGGGCCGCGCCCCCUCCCCCCCCGGGGGACAUUGCUACACAAGUGAGGGUCCUCUGAGGCGAUUUCCUGACUGACAAUGUUCAGAACCAGGUGGAAAUCCUGGCUUUUCUUGACUCAGAUUUGGUGGGGGUCUUUCAGACAGGCGUUCUGCAGCCCAUGGGAGCAGGUGGGAGAGAGCAGCUGGUGGUCCCCUUCUGUCCGUCCUGUCUCCUGAGCUUCAGGCUGCCCGCCCAGACCCCCCUGACUCCACCUCCCCACUCCCAGGGCCGGCCUGGUGUCUUGGAGGCCCCAAGGCUACACCCCACCUCCAUUGUGUCAUGCCUGCAUGGGGAGGGGGCUUAGUGGCCAAUGACUGGACAGUCGCCCAGCCUUCUGCCCCCCUGGCAUCCCUGUGUUCUGGAGGAGCCCCCACCAGGCUGGGCCGUCCGUCCACAGCCAGGCACACGUUCAGCCGUCAUCCUGAAACCCUGUCAGGGCGUAAGCACAGCCUUCGAGGGCACCCACCCCUGCCUGCCUGGACGCAUGCCCGGUGGUCUCUUUCUGCUGCACCUUUGUGGGCCGCUGCGUCCUGGCAGACACCCCAGAGGGAGAAGAACCACAGGGAAAGCCCCGUCACCCUGUUGGCCUUCUCUGGGCACCGUGUGUCCUCCCUUCCCCCCACUUCUAGUCCUGUGCGCUGAGGGGGGGGGGGCGGCCCCAGCCCCCUCCCUGUUCUUGCUGCCUCUUCUCUGGGCUUGCCAAGAAUGCCGGGAAAUUAGGGGGAGGGGACACAGGAAAUGCCUCCAUCCCUCUAAGGACAGCUCCAGCUGCAAGUGGAGGGAGCUGGGGGAGGGGCGCGGCCGGCGGAAAGUUGUCCCCCCGCCAAGGCCAGCCCGCACAUCCCAGCCCUGCAGACAGAAGGGCUCUUUCUCCCCAGCUUUGGCCCAUUGUGAGUGUCCUUUGAGAGGAGACGCCGAGGGCCGGUCACCAGUGGUCUCCUUGGCACAGGCAGGUCUGAGAGAGGCGAGGUGUCGUUCCUGCAGCCUUAACGCGGGGUCUUUACAAAGCAGGUUGAGUGGGGACCCUGCCCCUGAACCACUUAGGAAGCAGGUGCGCAGUGGUGGCCUGAGUCUGCUCCCACCCAGAGGUGCCCCCGUAAGGGCCAACCUCAGCCCCUUCUCCGGAGGCCACCCUGCAUGUCACCCCCACCAAGGGAGGGCCUCAGCAUACCCUGGCCUUUGUGCAGGAGCCUGUUUUCCAGGGACCACGGCCCGCCAAACAGUCCAGGAUGGUAAACAGUCCAGGAUGGUGCUCCCGGCCUUCUCACCCCUCCGGUGCUGUGGCCUUGCUCCUUCUUGGUGGCUUCUCCCGGAAGUGUCCUGGGGAGGCCGUGUUAUGUGACAUCUCACAUGCACCGCCUAGAAAGAUAAACCCAGUCUAGAAAACACUGAGGAGACAGCUACAGUAUAGAUACUUAAAAAAUGCACUAGGAGACCCCCGUCAUCCAAUUAGGUCGUUUGAACUCCAGUCUUAGAGUUGAGGGUCAGAGCCGAGGUGGACUUAGUGGACACGGGAGGGGGGCAUGGGCAUCCCUGCUGUGACCUGGGCCUCGGCAGAGCAGGCCCAGACCCACUGCCAGGGCUCAGCCACGUUGCUGUGGUGGGAGGCGGGGCUUUCCAAAACCAUGGAAACGCUUGUGUUCCCUGCUCCCACUGGCUCUAACACCAGCCCCAGCUGUCUACCCUUAGUCCCAGGGCCUGGAGGGGCUGCUGGUCACCCUCCCCCUCUGCCGAGGAGAAGGUACAGGAGGGCACCUGUUCUUAUUCCCCAAGUGAGCUGCUGCUUUGCCAAGAGAUCCCCGAGAGAGCCCUUCCACCCCCGUGUGGUCCUGGCUUCAUGCAGUGAGGGAAGGUGGGGACGGUGCCGGGCCACUGUUGCCAUUGGCUCUGGGGCCAGGUCCUAUGCCCGUUCCCUGGUGCAGGGAUGUCACCUGGACACUGGCCUGGCGGCCUUAGUGCCCUGGCGGCCUUGGUGCCCUGAGCCCUAGCCGCCUCCAUCCCCCAGGCCCUGGUCCUGGGUGGGCCUCUUGCCGUGUCAGGGCCUGGAGCCUGUCCUUGGGAGCGUUUGGGGUCUUGGAGCCAGCUGACCCAUUCUUGAGUUGUGACGAAUUCUGCAGUUGGGAGGUGUCACGGUUCCUGUCAGAGGGUGGGACACGUUCUGGUAGUGAUCCCACUACCCGAACUACAUCGCGUGUGCUCUGCUGCUGGCUGCUCCGAGGCAGCGGGGCUGCCCCAUGUCGCCCGUUUCUCAGAGGACCAGUCAGGUGUGGUCUGAGGUGUCUGGGUUCUCCCCGGUGCCCCCCUACCCCACCCCCGGCUCAGGCUCCAUGGCACACACAGUCCUGGCUCUCCUCAGGGUCCCUGGGGGCCAGCUUCCCCUGAGCCUGAGGUGGCUCCCCAGCUGCUGGGCAGGGCCUGGCAAGAGCCCUUGUCCCCCACCCACAGGGCAGUGACAGCCUCAGGCUGGAGUGCUGGAUGCCCUUGGAGACCACUGUCCUGUUUAUCAGUGCAUGAAAGCGCCUGCCAUUUUGUGGAGUGAGUGUUCUGUCCGUGUAUGGGGAGGGGGGGGCUGUCCUGGAACCACUCUGGGGGCCCUGCCUUCUGUGUGCCUUUCAGAGCUGGGCUCCAGCUCCUGGUCUCCACAUUCAGAACACAGUCCUGUCGUUGCAGACCCUUGAGCCAUCUUCCAGCCCCAGCACUGGGGAUGCACUGGGGACUGACCAGUCAGCGGUGUCUGGUCCCUUGUCAGCCUCGAGUUCUGAGCUGCCCUGCACAGCCGGGCACUGCCGCCCGUCCACUCGGGCUGGCUCAGUGUUGUGUCGGUUUCUAUGGAGAGAAAACAUCGAGGGCGUCUGCGAAGCCUGGGAGGAGGCCGAGGCGCCAGGAAGCAAAACAGACCCAGCGGCGUGGGCGGGGCUGGCUGCUGGUUUCCACUUCCUGGCUGGGAAGCAGAAGAAAGUGUGCUGUCGCUGGGGUUGCCUGUAAGGCCAGGACCAGACCUUCAGCAAGAGUGGGACCUGACCCUGGGGGGACCUGCCCAGAGGGACCUUUAGGCAGCCACAGAGUGGAGAGCAGCCCCCCCGGGAACCCCUGUCUUGCUGGCAGGAGUGUGCAGCUGGGCAGACGGCUGCUGAGGGUCUGGGGCCAGACCGGCUGUGCUGUGGUAUGACCGGCUGGUCUUUCUUACUUGCUCUACACGCCUCCCCCGGACCCCACCUCCCAUGCCCUCCUUGCCUCAGCCUCAGUGCUCUGUGCUGGGUCCUGCUGUCUCUCAGGGCCUCACAGGCAGGGGUGUGGUGGCCUCUGCAAAGGUGAGGGGCUGAGGCCACCUCCCCCUGCUUGUCACACACUGCUGCCUCUUGGCUGCCAGUUCCUUAGAGUCCCUCCAGGGGAACCUAGGCCCUGACGUGGCCCCUCCCUGGCCGACAGCAGGACCCUCGGGAGGUUCCCCAGGUGCAGUGCUGCACAGGGCCCCCUGAGAUCCCCCUGCACCCCAAGAUCUCCCUGUACCCCGAGAUUUGCCAGGGUGAGAGUGGACAGCAGUUUCGGCCAUCCUCGUUUGGGGGCGACUGUCCUUGCAGUGUGGCUGGGUGGAGAGGGGAGUUUAGGGAUAACACUUCUGCUUUUCUGUACAAAUCACCCCAAAACUAGAACUUCUGAAGAUAGAGAAGAAACUUAUUUUUUGUCAUUUGAAUGAGGUGCCCAGAAAACAUUUUUGCUGUCACUGAAACAGUUUUAUUACUUCGUGCUUGGAUCUCCUGGAACAUUCUUGAGUAGUGGUGGUAGAUGGUGUGUUGUGCUCUGGCCCAGCAGCUGUGGAGCCGUUUUUGUGGAAACAAGCUGACUGUGUGUGGCGCGGGUGCUGCCUGGUGUCUGGUGGGUUUGCCUGCCCUGCCUCUGCCGGCUGAGUGUGCAUGGGAAGGCGUCAGCACGUGGGCUUGAUUUCCUUUGGAAGGUUUUGUUUUUUAACAGAUUAGAAAAUGAUUUCCACGUUCCCAUGUCGCGUGAGCAGAGGCCCUCAGCUGCGAGGCUCCCAGCAGGGUGGCCACCUGGUGACACUCGCAGGUGCUCCGGGCUCCUCUGUGUGGCUGGCUGUCAGCUCCAGUGUGGCCACUGUGGGAAACCCUUUACCCUGAGCUCUUCCGGGACGAGUGAGUCUGACCUGGGCCCUCGCAGGCGCCUCCUGUAGGACCCGUGUGGACAUGUUGCGUCCAGGGGUGCCAACGGGAGUCACGGGGCCCUUGUCCAGGAAGCAGGAAGAAAGUACAAAAGCUGUUCGCCAAUGCCCCUCAACUUGUCUUGGUGGGUUUUAUGGCUAUUUAGCACAUUGUGGACCAGUGACGCAGAUUUGCGUCUCUAUAUUUAAAUGCCCCGUCCUCAAUAUGUUUGUCAUGUCAAGUACAGAAAGAGUAAAAACUUUAGUGUCUGCCGAAAGUGUCAUCGCUUAUCUUCAGUGUGCUGUGCCAGUGUUCCACGCACACAUGAGAACGUGUGCAUGUUCUGCACAAGACACGGGUCCCUGAAACGGCGCAGUCUGCUUUAUGCCAGAACGUGCGCCUGUCUCAUUCUGAGCAGAGCAGGAGACCGCGCAGCUGUGCUGGUUCACAUGUUGGUCCCACGACCUGCACUCGAGAGCCCGGGACGGGCUACGGGGUCGCCUUGUCCAGCCCUCCUUCCUUCCACGGUUUGGUGUCCGGCGUGGGUCCAGAGACAGGGAGCGCUGGCCGAGUGCGGGGUGUCCGCCUGCUGUCUGGUGGGAGCCCUGGCCUCUUGGGUCCAGGAGCGCCCAUCCCUCCAUCGCGGGCCCCUACUCUCUGCCCUCCACCUGCCUUGUCCUCCUGGCUCGGUGCACGCUCCACUGUCCCAUGUGACUUCUUGUAAAAUGCCAUCUUAUCUGAGAUGAAAUUGUCAAAAUCCCAAGAUGGUGACAGCAGAGCCUUGAACCCCGUGUGUGCGGGGUUGCAUGCCCAUGAAGCCAGCCCUGGAUUUUAAAGUAACCAGCAGAGGCCCAGCUUGUGAGCCCAGGUUCCCACCCUCCUCUUGUGUCUGGGAGCUGUGGCCGAUGUCCUGGAGGGCUCGCGAUGUCCUGGAGGGCACCCGGCUCCUUGCCUGGGCCUGGCGCUGUGUGGAUGCCUCUUGGGGAUAUUUUUAAUUAGAUUUUAAAAAUGGGAGAGUGUUGGCCCCAGCCAGGAAAACCUUCAAUCUGGAGAGAAAUGAGACCUCCUAGCUUGGGCAUCAUGUGGGUCUCUCCUGAGGGUGGCGGGAGGGGCUCCCCAACAGGAGGGUGUGGGGUUGCUGCCGGCUGCCUGGCCCUGUUGGGAGCAGGCUCCUCAUCCCUCCUGCUGUCUUUCUCCAAGCCCCCCCUUUGUGGCUUUGCUGUGGGGGUGCCACUGAGGUCCCUGUUUCCUGUGUGUGUCCCGGGAGUGGGGUCCGGCGCCUGUGGUUCCCUCACUUACCCCAGGUCCCUUGCCGCCACUGCCCCGGCCACAGCAGCUCUUUUUGGAGUUGUGUCAGUGCCGGAAGUCAUGCUUGCCCUGCUCAGGUUUGGCCAUAGUUGGCCCACUGGGGUUGUGGCAGUACCCUCAGGCCUCUGGGGACUCUGGUAAUGGGAGCAGGACCCGGGGUGCAGUUUGGGACUUAAUUCCAGGCUUGGUGCCCUUAGUCCUUUGACCUUCCAGAACCCACCACCCAACCCCGGUGAGUUCAUGCUGACAGCUGACGCUGGGCUGUGGGGUGUGUGGGCGGGGGACCCUUGCUGGGCCCCCACCCCCCAGCUGCCAGGCUCCUCCCCCUGCCCCCCACCGCCCGUUUCUGUUACCAUUGAGCCGUUCUGAGUGACUCACCGCAGGGCGGGGUGGAGCCUUUGUGCUGGGAAGAGGGCUGAGCCCUGAGGCUUUCUGUGUGCGGAGGCUGCAGGCUCAGGCUUGCAGCUCCAGGCCCAGCUGCUGCUCCUGCCGGAAUGAGUGGCGGUGAGAUGGCGCCUGGGGAGGUGUGUGGCUGGAACACAGCCCGUGUUGGGCCAGGCUUCCUGGGGUGGGAGCUCAGCAGCUCUAAGCUGUCUGUACGGCACUCGGGCGCUUGGGCCUCUCGCCUGGGCUCCUCAGCUGUGCUGCCCCGUCCAGCCUGCCAGCCUGCCUGCCAGGUCCUCUGAGAUGAAACACUUCCGCCUCCACUCAGCAGGGCCUGGGGAGGUCACCAGAAGGCAGGAGCACUGGGUCCCAGAGGCCCCGGUUGUGGCCCCGCUUGAAUUCCCUUUGGGUGCACCUGGGGUUCGCAAAACCUCGGUUUCUGCCCCUCGGCCAACCCCCUCAGCUAAUGUCCUGUACCGACGUGCCCAGACAGUGGGGCGGGGCGCGGAAUGCCUGUCUCUUCCACUGAGGACCUGUACUGGGGCUGCCUGUAAACCACCUCGCCAGCCAGGCUGGAUUUGGGGCCCAAAGAAGCUUCUUUCCAUACUGUGAAAGGCCUUGUCAGGCCCCCAGGGCUGGGGCCAAGCUGACAGUUCCCCAAAAGUUACCGUGCGGGGGUCCACCCAAGUCCUCGCCAGCCCUCCCUCGUUUCAUACUGUGUCCCCCCACACCGACCUCCAAAGCACCCCCCCUGAGGGUCUUUCACCCCUGACGGGCUUCAGACAACUAUGUGUUGUGACGCGUGUGCACAUGUAUACACAGGGGUCCGCGUGCCCACAUGUUCCCUGUCCGAGUGUGGCAGGUGUCGCUGUGGGUCAGGGACGAGGCCUUUGUCCUGGGCACAGGGUCAGGUGAAAGGAAUGGGUGGGAGGUGUCCCUGUGGGUUUAAGGAGAGCAGGGGAGGGCACCCCUCCUUCCACCCGCAGGCGUGCAGCUCUGUGGAGGAGGUGGGUGGCAGAGCCUAGGGCACGGGGCCUUCAGAGGGUCACUGGUGCCUAUAGGACACAGCCGCUGUCCACGUGGGAGGCUUGGAUGCCAUGGAGGUGUCAAGGGUGGCGUCUGAUGAGCCCACACACCUCCUGGCAGCAGGUAUGAGUGUGACACACGCCAGGACCUGGGCCAGACGUGGGGAGAAGCAGGCUGGGCACGUCAGCAGUGGGACUCAGGUGACGGCUGCGUGUUUCUGCUGCUUUCCGCAUCAGGGAGAAAACGCUCUGGCCCCAUGCAGCCGGGGGUCCCAGCCAGAGCCGCUGGUGUCGCUGGAAAGUUCUUCGUCCGACAGAGGGCCUAGCCUUUCCCGUGCACCCGGCGCUUCUGGCAGGGCCCAGGGCCCUUUAUCUGGACACCAGCGUGCCCGUGCUGGGCCAGGUCAGUCCGCGCCCACCGUGUCUUGUUGGCGUUCUUUGUGUCAAAGGCUUGUUGGGCAGGAGGGCAAGCCAUUCUUCCUGGGGGGCCUUUGCGGGGCACGGUUGUGUCAGGCGUGGGUCAGCAGAGCCCUGCCGUCCUAUAAAACAUCCUCUUUUCAUUAAGGCCGACUCUUAGCCCGCCCGCCCGCCUUCCAAGAACUGCGACCACAGCCUCCGGUGCUGUGUCCGCAUUUUUCUUUCUGCA